ACUUUAUAUUGAAGAAUCUCAUAGCUCAAAUCUUCUUCGUUUUGAUCAGAAAUCUCAAAUAGAGCUACGAUAUAGAAAUUCAAAAGAUAGAAGACGAUUAUCUGAUCAAAACCUAAAACCUUGGUUCGAUUUUGAUCGGAACUAUUUUUUAUCCCAUAGCUCUUUCUUCUUCUUCUUCUUCUUCUUCUUCUUCUUCUUCUUUGUUUCUCUGCCCUCGCUUCGCAUCCAGAGCAAGACGAUGUUGUUUGGAUUUGAAAUUGAUUUCGAGCUUGGAAAAUGUUGAAAAUGGAGCAAGCGGUCGUUCCCCUGAGGAGGUGCUGGAGCACGUGUUCUCAUUCCUGCAGUCGGACGGCGACCGAAGCUCGACCUCUCUGGUGUGCAAGUGGGGGUAGAUUAUCGAGCAGUGAUCUGAAAAUUCAGAGCUUUGGUUUUUGCAUUAUCGGUAAUUUGUGAGUGCUUCUUAUCCAUUCUUCAAUCGCAUAGGAAAUUUUUGUUUUCAUUUUUACUAUUCUCACUGUUCCUUCGUGUUUUGUAUGAUUAUUGGUAACUUCUCUGUGAAACUGUGAAGGAGGAAAAUGAAGCAACAUGUUUGAUCUGGAAGAAUUUGUCUAGAUGAUUUAGCGUCAUGCGAUUUUCUUUGGUACGUUUGAGUAGUUUUGAAUCAUGAACACUUCGAUGAAGCAAUUUGAUGAAGAAUAUGGCCGGAGGUUGUAGGAAUUUCAGGCCGAAUGAAUUAGGCAUAGAUUUUUGUGCAGAUAAGGUGUUUGAUGAGAUGCUUGUGAGAAAUAGUAGUGACCGCGAUUGUAGAUUGACUCUAUUUUUCGGUUUCUGAUUGUGUUUGUUUUGGUUUGGUGAAGGUUAGUUACCUUCAGUAUGAUAAUACUAUGCUGAAGAACAAGCAAAAAGAGUUGAAGGGAUACAUAGCUUACUUCAGUCUAUGGAAACUUUCGUGAAUGCUUAUGAGACAUAAUGUAGGAGCCAUAUAUUUUUGGAAGGAAUAAAGUUCACACAAAUGCUCAAUGGCCAUGAAUGUGGGAGCCAAUCACAAAGCUGUGCAUCAUGAAGAUGGCAAAAAGAUAACCAGAUGGGCAUGAAGGAAGAUAACAAUGAAGUCACUUUGAAGACGAGGAUUUUAUCUGUUGAACUUCUGCAGGGUUUGUUGGAAGGAGUUGGUCAUCCAUUUACUAGGAACUUCCAUUUUAUUGAUUCACUAAAAGCAUACCUAUCAAUCUAUCAAAUGCUUUGUUGCUAGCUUCAGUUUCACCGUCCCCUAUCAUAUUACAGUAUGCAACUGGAAUUUUUUUUAGUGCUUUUGUUGCGGUUUAGAGAAAGUCUCAAGGGUGAAAUAUGCAUCUUCUUUCCUUUGAUAGUUCUCCGGUCCCUGGAUGGCUUGGAUUUACCCAUGAACCAAAAAAUGAUUGUCCUUAGGAUGGUUGAAAAGGUUUGCAAGGAUCUUCAGAUGCUUGUUGACAUAUUUAUGAACUAUGACUGUGAUCUUGAGGCACUGAACUUGUUUGAGCGGAUGAAUAUCUCAAGGGAUGCAAAAUGCAGAUCCAAUAUGGCUGUUGCGUCCCAGACUACUUCAAUAAAGGGUUCAUCUCUUCUGUGUCUUGUGAACGUGCUUAAAUCACUUGUAGAUUGGAAAAAGUCAUGCGGAGAAUCAGAUAGAAUAAAAACAUUCAGUCUCUGGAAGGAGAUGCUUCAGCUAAAGAGUGUUGACGUGAAAAGCAGGCAAGAUGCAACCAUUAACUUUGAGAAGGCAAAAGCUCAUAAGUCUCUACAGUGGAAUCUGCCAUAUUUGAGGUGGAAUAAAGUGAUGUUGUAUUACUAAUACUUUUGUAUCUCAAGUGCAUUUUUAUAAAUGGAAUAAAGAGAGAAAACACCAUAAUUUUGUUGGUGGUUAUAUACUUUUUUGUUUGACGUGUAAUGAAUGUAAUGCAGUUGUUAG